GUCCGGGCGCGCGGCCCGCCCCGAGGCGCUCGUUCUCUCUCAUCGCCCCACCCUCUCGCUUCCCCUUCACGGAAACGACAGCUGCGGCGGCGGGGCUGGCGCCGCCUCCCUCCACCUACCACGUCUGCCCCCGCCACUCUCGCCCGGCGCCCCAGCCCGGCCGCGGCGCCUCCCCGCUAGGUCAGCCGGCAGCUCCGCCCGGCUGCCGCCCAGGAUGAACAUCAUGGACUUCAACGUGAAGAAGCUGGCGGCCGACGCGGGCACCUUCCUCAGUCGUGCAGUGCAGUUCACAGAAGAAAAGCUUGGCCAGGCAGAGAAGACAGAAUUGGAUGCUCACUUAGAGAACCUUCUUAGCAAAGCUGAAUGUACCAAAAUAUGGACAGAAAAAAUAAUGAAACAAACUGAAGUGUUAUUGCAGCCAAAUCCAAAUGCCAGGAUAGAAGAAUUUGUUUAUGAGAAACUGGAUAGAAAAGCUCCAAGUCGUAUAAACAACCCAGAACUUUUGGGACAAUAUAUGAUUGAUGCAGGGACUGAGUUUGGCCCAGGAACAGCGUAUGGUAAUGCCCUUAUUAAAUGUGGAGAAACACAAAAACGAAUUGGAACAGCAGACAGAGAGCUGAUUCAAACAUCAGCUUUAAAUUUUCUCACUCCUUUAAGAAACUUUAUAGAAGGAGAUUACAAAACAAUUGCUAAAGAGAGGAAACUAUUACAAAAUAAAAGACUCGAUUUGGAUGCUGCAAAAACCAGACUAAAAAAGGCAAAAGCUGCAGAAACUAGAGCUUCACAACUUAACUCAGCUCGCCUUGAAGGAGAUAACAAUAUGGUAAAUUUCUCUUACAUGCUCAACUUCCUGCAUGUAAAAUGGCUGAAGUCUGAACAGGAAUUGAGAAUAACUCAAAGUGAAUUUGAUCGUCAAGCAGAGAUUACAAGACUUCUGCUAGAGGGAAUCAGCAGUACGCAUGCCCAUCAUCUCCGCUGUCUGAAUGACUUUGUGGAAGCCCAGAUGACUUACUAUGCACAAUGUUACCAGUACAUGUUAGACCUCCAGAAACAACUGGGAAGUUUUCCAUCCAGUUACUGUAACAACAAUCAAACUUCUGUGGCACCCGUGCCAUCUGCUUCAUCAAAUGUGAUUGGUUCUUCUGCCUUGUCUUCAACAAGUGGCCUAGUAAUUGCCUCUCCUACCAACCUCAUUGACCUUAAGGAGUGCAGUGGCAGCAGGAAGGCCAGGGUUCUGUAUGAUUAUGAUGCUGCAAACAGUAGUGAAUUAUCACUUCUGGCAGAUGAGGUGAUCACUGUGUUCAGUGUCGUUGGAAUGGAUUCAGACUGGCUAAUGGGGGAAAGGGGAAAUCAGAAGGGCAGGGUGCCAAUUACCUACUUAGAACUGCUCAAUUAAAUAGGUGGACUAUGGAAAGAUUACCCAUCAUGACACCAGUAUUUAUAUACAAUUAACUCUAAAUAAAGCAGGUUUAAGUAUCUUCCAUGUUAAUGUUCUUAGGAGACUGAAAAGAAAAUACCAGCCACCAGAAGCCAGCCUUUCUGCCAAUAAAAUUGCAUGGUACAUAUUUCAUUACAGAAUUUAUGUUAGUGCUUUCAUGCCAAGAAUGUUUUCUUACAAAAUUCUCUUUCUACUGAGGUUUCACUAAUAAGCAGCUUCUACUUUUGAGCUCCAACUUAAAGCAGAAGAACUGUUUUCUACUGAAUUUUUCAUUAAUGGCAAGCUUUUUCUUUUAUGUAAAAUAAAUUUAUUGUGAAUUGA